AUGCUCCUGACUGCUGUUUAUUUUCUCUUAUGGAAUUUCCAGACUGCUGUGGCCCACUUUCCUCGCGCUUGUGCUUCCUCCAAGAACUUGAUAGAGAAGGAAUGCUGCCCAGCAUGGAGAGGUGAUGGGAGUCCCUGUGGACAGCUGUCUGGCAGGGGUUCCUGUCAGGAUAUUCUUCUUUCUAAUGCACCAGUUGGCAAACAAUUCCCCUUUAAAGGGGUGGAUGAUAGGGAGUCGUGGCCCUCUGUUUUUUAUAAUAGGACAUGCCAGUGUUUUGGUAACUUUAUGGGAUUCAACUGUGGAAAUUGCAAAUUUGGCUUUGGGGGACAAAACUGCACUGAAAGAAGACUCUUGGUAAGAAGAAACAUCUUCGAUUUGAGUGUCCCAGAAAAGGAUAAAUUUCUUGCCUAUCUCACUUUAGCGAAGCAUACUAUCAGUCCAGAUUAUGUCAUCCCUAAAGCUACCUAUAACCAGAUGAAUAAUGGAUCAACACCAAUGUUUAGUGACAUCAACAUUUAUGAUCUUUUUGUCUGGAUGCAUUAUUAUGUGUCAAGGGACACACUGCUUGGAGGAUCUGAAGUCUGGAAAGACAUUGAUUUUGCACAUGAAGCACCAGGUUUUUUACCUUGGCAUAGACUCUUUUUGUUGCUGUGGGAACAAGAAAUUCAGAAUCUCACAGGAGAUGAAAACUUCACUAUUCCAUAUUGGGAUUGGAGAGAUGCAGAAAAUUGUGACAUUUGCACAGAUCAAUACAUGGGAGGCAGCAAUCCGGAAGACCCUAAUUUACUUAGCCCAGCAUCUUUCUUCUCCUCUUGGCAGAUUAUAUGUAGCAGCUUGGAAGAGUACAACAGUCAGCAGGCUUUAUGUGAUGGAACUCCUGAAGGACCCUUACGGCGCAACCCUGGAAACCAUGACAAAGCCCGGACCCCAAGGUUACCCUCCUCUGCAGAUGUGGAAUUUUGCCUGAGUAUGAAGGAGUAUGAAUCAGGUUCCAUGGAUAAAACUGCCAAUUUUAGCUUCAGAAAUAUACUGGAAGGAUUUGCUAGCCCUGUUACUGGGAUAGCAGAUGCCUCUCAGAGCACCAUGCACAAUGCCUUGCACAUAUACAUGAACGGAACGAUGUCUCAGGUACCAGGGUCUGCCAAUGAUCCCAUUUUUCUUCUUCAUCACGCAUUUGUUGACAGUAUUUUUGAACAGUGGCUCAGAAAGCACCGUCCUCUUCAAGAAGUUUACCCAGUGGCCAAUGCACCUAUUGGACAUAACCGAGAAUCUUACAUGGUGCCUUUUAUACCACUGUUUAGAAAUGGUGAUUUCUUUAUUUCAUCCAAAGAUCUGGGCUAUGACUAUAGCUAUCUACAAGAUUCAGAUCCAGACAUUUUUCAAAAUUACAUUCAGUCCUACCUGGAACAAGCUAGUCGGAUCUGGCCAUGGCUUCUGGGAGCGGCAGUGGUGGGGGCCAUCCUCACCGCUAUCCUAGGUGGACUCACACUCCUCUUAUGUCAAAGAAAGAGGAAGCAGAUACCAGAAGAAAAGCUACCUCUCCUCAUGGAAAAGGAGAACGAACACAUGUUAUAUCAAAGUCAUCUAUAA